UCACAUGACCCGCGAGAGAGGAAGAGAGUUGCAGACAACAGCAGAGGAGCUGCUCGGCCUGGCUGUUGUUUCAGGACAGCUGUUUGCGGCUGUGAGAGCUGUAAACAGUUAUUAGUACAGUGAACUGCCUACUCUGAGUCUUAGCUAUAUGAUUCACCUAUUUAUUGUUUUUUUUAAACGGAUAACUACAUGGCUGCGACAGGACUCCAGGACUCCUCAGAGCGAGAAGGCCUGUCCUCGGUGUCUCAGUACGGCUCCCCGGAGAGCAGCGGGGAGCAAGACCAUCAGAGUCACAAUCACAGCAACAACCAUAGCAACCACCUGUUUCCCCCGGCAAUGGCAGGUCAUUGGGUCGAUCAGGAAGAGGAAGCCAUUCGCAGGAAGUUGAAAUAUUUCUUCAUGAGCCCUUGUGAUAAAUACUACGCCAAGGGCCGCAAGCCUUACAAGCUGAUCCUGCAGCUGCUCAAGAUCAUUAUUGUCACAGCGCAGUUAGUGCUGUUCGGCCUCAGUAACCAGGUAGUGGUGACCUUCAAGGAGGAGAACACUAUGACCUUCAAGCACCUCUUGCUCAAAGACUACGACGAGUCCUCGGACGACUCCUUUGCUGUUUACACGCAGAACGACGUCUACGACCACAUCUUCUACACUGUGGAGCAGUAUCUGGCCUUACCUGAGACCACAGUGGGACGCUAUGCAUACGUGUACAAUGCUGGUGUGAACGGCAGUGCGCUCUCCCUCUGUCAACAGUUCUACAAGAAGGGAAGCAUCGACCCAGCCAAUGACACCUUCAGUAUAGACCCUCACAUCAUCACAGAGUGUGUAGGCGUGGACCCACUGGCUGCCCCUCCAGGUCCACUCACCAGCAGCUACAAGAACUUUACACUCAAGUUCCACAAGCUAAUUAACGUCACUAUAGAGUUCCAGUUGAAGGCGAUCAAUAUACAGACCAUCAUCAACAAUGAGAUCCCAGACUGCUACACUUUUUACAUAAAGAUAGUCCUGGACAACAGGGCUCACAGCGGCAAGGUGAAGAUCUGGUUAGAAAACCAGGCAUCAAUAAAGGAGUGUAAAGACCCGAGCGUCUCUGGACACGCUGAGAACUACACACGUGUAGCGUUUGAUGUCGCUGUUGCUCUGGUGUGCACGCUGUCGCUGCUGCUGUGUGGACGCUCCAUACUGCGAGGCAUCGUGCUGCAGCAGGAGUUUGUGCAGUUCUUCAAGGAGACUCUGGAUCGUAAAGUGUGCUGUGCAGACCGGCUGGAGUUCAUUAACGGAUGGUAUAUCCUCCUGAUCAUCAGCGACAUCCUCACCAUCACUGGCAGCAUCAUCAAAAUCGGCAUCGAGUCUAAGAAUAUGUCCUCAUACGACUUGUGCGGCAUCCUGUUGGGAACCUCCACACUCUUGGUGUGGGUCGGAGUAAUUCGCUACCUCACAUUCUUCCAGAAGUACAAUAUCCUGAUCGUGACACUUAGAGCAGCGUUCCCCAAUGUGAUUCGGUUCUGCUGCUGCGUGGCUGUCAUCUAUCUGGGAUACUGCUUCUGUGGCUGGAUCGUCCUGGGACCAUACCACGUCAAGUUCCGGUCUUUGUCCAUGGUGUCAGAGUGCCUGUUCUCCCUCAUUAACGGGGACGACAUGUUUGUGACAUUCGCGGAGAUGCAGGAGAGCAGCACUCUGGUGUGGCUGUUCAGCCAGGUUUACCUGUACAGCUUCAUCUCCCUCUUCAUCUACAUGGUGCUGUCGCUGUUUAUCGCUCUCAUCACAGGAGCCUACGAGACCAUCAAGCACCAAAUCCAAGAACCCAUCCACAUCACAGACCUGCAUGCCUUCAUAGCAGAGUGUACGGACGCACCAAACUCGGGGAAGUUCAGAGGUCUGGAGACCUCGCCGUGCUCCUUCUUCUGCUGCUGUGACAGAACGACGACAUAUGAGGAUAACCUGCUGGUGAACUGAAGUUGACCUCAGUGACCUCAGAAGGCUCACUAGCCUCCCCUGCAGACCACAGGGAGACACUGCACCCUCCUGACACCCUGUGUCUAUGUACCAACAUGCUGUGUAUCUGGGUCAUCCCCUCAUCACUCAUCUGAAGGAUGAGCUGCAGCUUUCUGUAGAAGGAAUGAGUGACAACAGUCUUCUUAUUGGACCUCCUGUCUUUUGUGUCCAUGAAGAAGACACUGAGGGCUGAUGCAGGACAGGACCUUUCCUCCGUAUGGACGGGCAUCAUGGAUGACUAAUGCACGGACAAUUGUCUGUUCUUUGUUGGUUUUUAAAAAGAAAACAGUAUCUUUUCUAAUAUAUUUAAUUAUGCACAAUUAACUGUGCCAUGAGGACUGAAGUAUUGCACACAUGGUGCUGACUGUUUUUAUUUGUUGUGUUUUUCCUUUUAUAGUGUUUCAAAAAAUGGUUGCCUCUUGAGGAUAGAUCACUUAUACAACAGCGUAUCCCUUUUCUUACAACCAACUACUCAAGUAGCAUAAUGUCCCUUACACUCUAAACACACUCUUUCCAAAAACUACUUGGCAGAAAAGACUAGAAUCAUGACCCAAUGGGACAUGUAAAUUCAUAGAGAAUCAGAAGGGCGCUCAGAGGCAAAGGCCUUUUCUAUAAGUGACAAAUAAAGCAUGUAUGCGCCCCGUGAUUUGGAUCUGCUCCAAAGGUAAAUGGGUUCUUCUUUGGCCCACGUGACACCCUUCCACCAAGUUUCAUGAAAAUCAGUCUUUCCGUAAUCCUGCUGAUAAACAGACAAGCCAACAAUGAGAGGUAAUGAGAGAAAUCCACCUUAUAGUAGUCGGGCUUCCAAAUUUCUUUCGUAUAACAGGACCACAAACGGACCCACAGUGUGAGGUUUCAGUUGUGGAAUUGAUUUGUUUUCUCUCCCGUGAGCCGCACCUUCAGUAUAAGGUUUCAAACACUUUCAUUAGCUGCGGUUCUACUGCACAAGCAUCACGUUGCAGUCAAAUGUGGAUACUAGUAUACUGGUCUAGUAGAUUUUUUGAUGUAUUGCAUUUAGUAAGGAUCGAUAUAAUGUCACUAAUGAAGCACUCAACAUUGCCUGUGGUUGGAAAGAUGUCCUCCUGGCCCAUGUGCAUGUUUCUUUAAUGAUGCCUCACUUCAUCCAUUAGAAGGUAGAAAUGUUAACAACUAUCUUCAUUUCUAUACAACAUUGAUGGCAAUCUACAAACUGUAACUGACGUGUUUUAUGACUUGAAUCGCCUGACAAAGUGGAGCAGGGUUAUGGGUAGAUAACAAGAAGGCAACUUAAUGACAGCAGAAACAUAUUUGUAGCUCCGUAAGGCCCUGUCAUACUGAAUCAUGCUUUUUUUUAGUCCGUUUGUUGUCUUCAUAAUUAUGUCUUGUCUAAAACUGUAGCCCAGUGACUUGAUCUUCAGUAGACGCUGGAAUUUCUAUUUCUUUGUACCGCAUAAAACGCACAAUAUCUAAAGGAGUCUCACAGUCUGGACUCCACAAGGUGUUUUUAGACUUUUAUGAAGAGAGAUGAUCUCUGGUCCACGCAGUAACAGGUUAACGGGGUGUAAAACGACUUUUUCAGUAAUCUCAUAAUCUGCCCAAUAAACCAGCAGAGUCAUAUUUGAGCUAAAUAUUUCCAGAUGGACUUUGGAUCUAGAUGGUAAACGUGUGCCUAAUGUAUCAAUUGCCUUCACUUUAAAUGAUAUGUCCUGCAUGUAUUUGUUGGAUGUUUUUAUACAAACGAUCUGCACUUGAACUGUACUAGAUGUAGACUGUACAAAGAUGAGCGGUUCAGAAGUCAUCUACUUGUUGUCAUAUAUAUAUUGCCAAACUACGGGAUCAUCUUUGAUAUUAAAACAUGAUUUUGUUUCA